CUGCGUCAACAAUGGAGGCUCCGCCCUCUCUCCUCUUUCCUCGGUUUCCUCGACCUCAAAACUGGCGUCAUCGUCGCCCUACUCUUUGCGCUUCUGAACAAAGUCGCUGGCGUGUAUGGCUUGAUCGCCAUGUUGACGGGCGCGGGCGGCUCGGCGGCUCAGCUUAGCCAGUACAUCUACUCUGUUUUCGGUCUCGUAGCACUUGCAUGGGGCCUCAAGGCCGUGGAAGAGGAGGAUCCUAAACGCACGCUCUACUUUGCCCACUUCUUCUUCGCGGACCACGUCUUGUCCACGGCGUGGACAAUCUUCUUUGCUGUCCAUUGGUGGGUAUACACACCGCACGAUGGCCGCCGCUUUGCCAACUCUCCUGCCCAGCAAGCCCUCAUUGACGGCUACAUCGGUCAUCACCUGAACAUGACCGAAGCCCAGCGCGUCGCCGCUGCGGAAGAUAUCUGGGGCAGGGAGAAGGGCAUCGCCGCUACCAUCAUCGUUCUAGGCUGGCUUUCCAAGUUCUUCUUCGCCGCCCUCAUCUAUUCCUUCGCACACCACCUCCGCAGGGGAACGUACCGCUCGCUCCCGCUUUCCCGCCCAACGGCAGCCCUGUCCUCCACAUACACCGCCGCACGCGCCGAACCCGACGACGACUCCUUCGAAGAGGCCGCCGACGACUUCUACUCGCCCAAGACCGCCACCACGCCCCUCCCCCUCCACACCCACCACCACCCCGCCAGCCCACAUCACCCGCAAAACGUCACCCGCCGCCCCGGCUCGGCCGGCAGCUUCGCCGACUUCGUGAGUGCGCCGCCCCCGCCGCGGCGCACGCGUGGGAGCCUGCUCGGCCGCGGCAUCGGCGGCGCGGCGGCGGGGAGCAGCGGCGCGAGCGGCAGUGGGAGUGGGGGGAGCGCCGGGGAGGAGGCGGACGACGAGGUGCUGUUUGACGAGGAGGAGGCGGGGUCGGCGUCGGGGCGGAGC